AUGCUUAUGUUCGGGGGUGCCUGGAUGUCUGUGUGUAUAUGCCAAUGUUUAGGAGUCCCAUAUGCCCUGUGUCCUAUAUGCCUGUCCUGUGUGCCUAUAUGCCUAUGUUUGUGCUGUGUCUAUGUUUGGGAGUGUGUUGUAUGUCCAGUGUGUCUGUGUCUAUAUGCCCAUGUUUGGGAGUCCCUGUGUUGUCUAUAUGCCUGUGGGAGUGCCAGUGUGUCUGUGUCUAUAUGCCCAUGUCCCUGUGUGCCAGUGUCUGUCGCCAGUGUCUGUGUCUAUAUGCCCAUGUUUGGAGUCCCUGUGUGCCAGUGUCUAUGCCUAUGUUUGGAGUGCCAGUGUGUCUGUGUAUAUGCCCAUGUCCCUGUUGUGUUGGGAGUCCAGUGUGUCUGUGUCUAUAUGCCCAUCCCUGUGUGCCAGUGUCUCUAUGCCUAUGUUUGGGAGUGCCAGUGUGUCUGUGUCUAUAUGCCCAUGUUUGGGAGUCCCUGUGUGCCAAUGCCCCAGUGUAUAUGCCCAUGUUUAGGAGUCCCUGUGUGCCAGUGUCUCUAUGCCUAUGUUUGGGAGUGCCAGUGUGUCUGUGUCUAUAUGCCCAUGUUUGGUGUAUAUGCCUAUGUUUGGAAAAAGCCUCAGAUCGACUGA